UCAUGCAUCAUGUAUGUACUGCACUGACUGACUCUCCUCUCAAUCCUUGCGAGGUUCUCAGGUAUAUAGGAGUCGAAGCUCCUCUGCUCAUUCAAACAUUUUCUCAUUCUCAGCAUCCACUCAACAACUACUACAACUACAAUCGCUACACCAACACUCGUUUAAACCCGAUCUUAAUUCUCUUCGAACUCUUCUACCAACGACCAAACAACCUAAAACCACCAUCAAAAUGCACGCUUCCGCUGCCGUCCUCGCUUUCGUCGCUGUUGCGGCUGCUGCCCAGACCCCUGUGGCUCCCGUUGCUACUCCCGUUGCUACUCCCGGUGCCCCCACCAACGGUACUAAGCCCGGCUCUGGCUCUGGCUCUGGCUCUGGCUCUGGCUCUGGUUCCGGCUCCGGCUCCGGCUCCACCCCCGCCAACGGCGCUGCUGCCCUCGGCCUCAGCGGUCUCGCUGGUGCUCUCGCUGUUGCCCUUGCCCUGUAAAUUUCGACAUUCGGAACUUGUGCAAGGUUUGGUGGAUAUGAGGACAUGAUGCAUUCUGAUGCAUAGUCCUGGAGGAACCGUGCUGGUGCGCGUUUAACUUUCGAUGGAGAUAGAUCGGGAACGUUUUGUCCUGACUAGAAUAGAUAGACCAAUGGAGCGAAAUCACCUCCAGCUAUAUUAAUACUAAUCGCAUACCACCA